AUGGAGGAACAGGUAAACGGGAAAAACUCGUUAAUUGAGCAUCAGUUAGCUCCUUUCGCAGUCAUUUACCAUGUUUUACAAACCUUAACACUCAAAUGUGCUUUGCAGGAGAUCGCUCAACUGGACCUCCUGUGCAAGCAGUUGUACGAAGCAACGGACGCUGCAACGCGAAACGCUGCGGAACGGGCCCUAGCUAACUUUACCAACUCCCCAGAUUGUCUCAGAAAGUGUCAAUACCUCUUGGAACGAGGAAAUGUAAGUUUCAACAUUUUUACGGGUCAUUUUUAGUCAAGUUUUCGUCGAGCUUUUCUUUAAUUUGUUAUCGCGCCGUUAUGGCCACGAAAAACUUAUUAGACCUUUCAUGACCUUUCGUUUUCACUUUUUAAGCUACAAUGGUUUCCGCUCGAGUUCAUUCAGAUUCCAUAUGAACGUAUAGUGAUCGACACUUUGCUAAAAGUAAUUUUCGUGAAGUUGAUUUUUAAGAUUGCCUGCUACUUUUUGUGUACAAACACGAGUUAUAAUUUGCUCUUGUACGCGUUAACACUUGACGUGCACGUGUGAUUUCAUUACUUCACAGAUGAUCAAACAUUCCAAUAUACAGUCACACAUGGGUUGAGUUUGGAAUUUUAUUUUAUCACUUACAUGUAGUUAACCUGUACCUGAACGUGAUGGAAAAAUAAACCUUACCUUCAGAAAUCUGUAUCCGUGGCCCAUCUUUAGCGUGGAUUUUAUUAAAAAUUCUUAUAUAUUUUAAGAGAGUUAAUAGAGAGAUUAGGCAUUGCGUUUAUGGCAAACGGCAAACGUGAGAUUCAAGUUGAGAAAUUUUCAAAAUGAGAAAUGAGCAGAUAAAAACAGCUUAAAACAAUUCUUAUGGACAGAAUUGACGUGAAUGUACCAAUUUUCUUGUAGUUAUAAUGAAUAGUAAACCACAAGUGAAUGGAAGACUUGGUCAUGUGGUACAAAUUCAUGCUUGCCAUUUGCUGUAAACGGACUGCUUAAUCUCUCUAAUAUCCUCUCCCUUCUCAAUGUCAAUGGACCAACUGAGAAGUAUACAAUAUUUUUUUAUUUUUUAUUGUUUUGUAGUCUUCCUAUUCACAACUUUUAGCAGCAUCCUCUCUGACACGACUCAUAAGUAAAAAUACAACUCUUCCUGUUGAACAGAGGCUGGAUAUGCGUGAGUAUUUGACAUGUUAAAUGUGGUACUUGUUAAAUGUGGGUUUAAUCAAACGUGGCUAAAAGUAAUUUAGGCAAAGUUAACCUCAAAGCACUGCUGGUCAGCAGUUUUUCCAGCUAUACUGAGGGUGGCCCAAUGCCUCUAGCAGGGACACCUCAUGACUCGUAUACUCAGUUGCUUGCUUGCAGUUCUUUGCAAAGUGUUGUUGCAGUAGCUUGCUGUUUGCAUGCCAUUUUGUGCUUUGGUUUUUCCUAUCCCUCCCUCCCUCUGUAGGACUGGGCUAGGUAAGUAUUGGUUGGUAAGUAUUCCGCUGAAUUGUUCAGUGUAACAGUACCUGGUGGGGGCUGCUCACGGGGUUGCCAUGGAUACCUCCUCAUGCUAGAGCAUUGCCUGGCUCCACCAACUUUGUAGGCACCAGCACCUAAGCUCAUCUAUUGGUGAUGAGUUUAAAACAUUAUACCCUGUAUUGUAGCAAGGCUGUACUCUAACAAUACUAUGGGGAACCUUCAAGCUCUAAACUUUUGAAAUCCAGAGAACCCUGCUGAUAAUUAAGUUUUGCCAAAUAGCUGCAUAAGUACAUGUGUAAGUUGCCAGAGCCCACCAGGGGUUCGUUAAAAUGACUCUCGGGCUAGUACAUGCUAGCUACAGCUUGCCGAAACGGCAAGCUGUAAAAAGUGACUUUCUUUUCACCCUGUAGUAUAGUAGACUAUAAAGCGCACUGUCACAUUAUCAUGUGGCAGACUAAUGAAAUUCAUUGUUUGAGAAAUAAUUAUCAUUGUUGCUGUGUUGUAGGUAACUAUGUCCUGACCUACCUUGGAACAAGACUGAAUCUUGCUACUUAUGUUUCACAAUCUCUGAUUCAGGUACACUGCAUAGAUUCCAUUUUUUUUCUUUUGAUGUUUUUUAAAAUAACUUUUUGGCUUUUAUGUUUUGUUUUCCGAUUUUAUUCUGACCAUAUAAUAUUCUCACGGGAAUUUGUCCUUUCAUAGGUUAAGUAUUUAUCACUAUGAAGUUAUCAGUAACUUAAAAAUUUAUUUUUAUCAUCAAUUAUUAAUAAAGAGUAGGCAUGAAUGUCUUAUGUCGGGACUUAUGUCGAUUUUUCUAUUCUACCCAGAAUUGCCUGAAUUUUUGUAUGCAACCUUUGAUUCAGUAGACAAACAUUGCCCUGUAAUUUUUUUCGCCAUUUCCCCCUAACUUUUUGAGAAAUAACGUAUGCAAAACAUCGCGUCUGCGUUCUUUAGUUUGAAAAGGAGACAAAAAGAUUGGACGAGUUCUUUGUUUUUAUUAUUAUUUAAGUUAAUAUUUAAUUAUUAUCAAUUUUUUUAUGAAUUGUUAAGCCCAAUAAAAAAUCUUGAUUACUGCCUGAAUUUAUUGACUUCUGGAAUAGCAGGUGUUUAUUCAUAUGAGCUAAUAGUUUAUUUUUAAUUUUGAAACUGUUUUGUUGCUUUUUUCUUCUUGAAUGUUUAGUUUCUUGCAAGGCUGACAAAACUAAGCUGGUUUGAUGUGCAAAAGACUGAGUUGGUGUUCAGGACUAUCGUAGAUGAUGUUGGAAAAUUUCUUCAGGUGAUGAUCUGAUCUCUUUAAUAAUUAAUUUCUUUACUGAUUUGAACUGCAUUGAACAUAUUAUUGUCUGAAAAACAAAAGGGAAUAAUUUACGAAGCUAAUGAACUGGUUAUAAUACAAUAGAUUUUUCACUGUAGAAUUUGUCUUAAGUCUUGCAUUUAUAUUUCAGGGCUCUGUAGAUCAUUGUAUUAUUGGUGUACAUAUACUUUCACAGCUGGUGUGCGAGAUGAAUCAGGUAUUUCAUGGUAUCUUACUUUAAUGUGCAGAGUAAUUGUAACUUUUUUUAUAUAUGAGUUGCUACAUUUGUACAAUAUGGCUAUAUUUACUACAAAAAAAAUCAAUAUUAAUGAAUAUUUUUUCUCAGGCGGAUUCAACAAGAUCCCUUACUAAACAUAGAAAGGUUAGUUUGCAGGUCCAUUAAAACUUUUUGCAAUGUUUUUUUUAAAUUUAAUAUUUCAGUAGUUGUUACACUUGACUUUUCUUGAAGAUAAUAUAUAGAGUUAGCCAUAGUUUUUUUCAAACAAAAUAUAAAAUCGUGUAAUGCCAAGUGGUAAAGGCAAUGCUGGAGAACGCUAAAAAAACAACAAUGGGUUUAAUUAGCAAAAAAACAACUUUGCAUGUGCAGCACACUUUUUUGCACAUUUCUUUGGAGUACAGUCACGUGAUUACCAAAUUAUCUGGGAUGGGUAGAUUUACUUACCCAUGGUGCUCUGCUGUUGCGUGCUUUGCAUGCCCAAGAUCUCCACUAUUACCCUGUUUACAGCUGUAAAUCUAAUUUAUAGUAGGAAAAUUAAAGGCAGUUACAAGCUCAUUUUGAACCUUAAGAUCUGAAGAGAUAAUUUACCGCAUUGCAUACUAUCAGGUAUUUUAUUAUUAUUAUUAUUAUUAUUAUUAUUAUUAUUAUUAUUGUUAUUAUUAUUAUCGUCCAGAUCUUCUUUUCCUAAUCCAGUCCAAGUGCCUAUAUGUUCUAGAAUUAACAGUUGGUUUCGAGUCUAACCUUGCAGUGUGUAAGAAAGAAAAAUAUCUGAACUUGAUCAACGAAAUGAGUAGAAAUUACAGAUGUGUGAGAUUUGUAAAUCUCUCCAUGAGUUCCCUUGGCGUUUUCUCCGAUGAAUGCUCCACGUUCUUAGACAUGAGGAAUGCAAGAAAAUGAUAAAUAUAGCCAUUAGAGCAACAUAAAUUACAUCUUUUGUUGUAGAAAUAGGAACUGGGAUAGCCCAGACUUUGUGCAAUUUUGAUUUCUUUUUUUUUUUUGCUUUUGUUUUGUUUUGUUUUUGUUUUUGUUUUUUCUUUUUAAUAAUCCAAUCUCAAGCAGCAUUUGUAAAUUGCCUAUACUUAGCGAGAUUUACAGUUGUACAUUCAAAAACACCAAUAAAGUUUCCAUUAUUUUUCUGUCCUUUUUUUUGUUUCAGGAAACAAAAAAAUUUCCAUAAUUAUGCUUAUUUUGCCUUGAUCAUAACAGUGCUAUUAUCAGGCAGUUCAACCCAAUGUAGUCGUACAUUGCAUUAUGCAAGUGUAUUCUGUAGUGCUUUUUGAUAAGGACGUUCCAUUACACUGUAAUUUUGAUUUACUCUUAAUUUUUUCAGAUUGCUUCUUCAUUCAGAGAUUUAUCACUUUUCAACAUCUUCAAUCUGUCUAUCACCCUGUUACAGGAGGUAAUUUGCUCUGCUGCAAUCAUCUUAUUGCUUUAUGUUUUUCUUUUUUUUUUUUGAGACUCUGGCCAAAAAAGUAAUUAUUUACCUGUUUGCCUUGGCUGUCAGAGAAAGAUAGGUGUGAGUAAUGUACCUACAAUCGUGGGCAAAAGUCUUGGGGUAUACACUUUUGCAUUUCUGGGGCAUUUUCCAAUUUACACAUGCCCAUCCCCUCCCCUCACCUCAUUAACACCGUUGGACAUGUGUACAUCCAGAUUUUUUUCCAAGUCUUGACUUUGUAUAGGGUGGGGGGAGGGAGAUCUGCAAGAAAAUUUUAUAAAGGUUGCUCUGUAUUAUGAAGGAACCCAGAAAUUACAGAAAAUUAUGAAUACUGCAUUACUGUCCGAAGGCCUUUGUCCUUGAUUGUAGGUGGUGAAAAAAUCUGACAGAAUUCUUUUAAUUAUUGAUUCACUCAGUUUUCUCCUCUCUUCCAUACUUCAUUAUAGGCAUAUAACAAACAGCUGAACUUGCAGGAUGGAAGUCAGGUAAAUGUAAUCUGUUCCUACGGCAGCAUUGUUUGUUCUCAUUCUAGUUUGCACUUGUAAAAACACAAAACAGAAAUUAUCACAAUUUAUGUUAUGUCGUGGUGCAAUUUUCUACAAGAAAAACUAAUUCAUUGUUGUCAGUGCUGUAGAAUGGUGUUAAAAAUCAAAAAGGUUUACCUUUACAGGUAGGCCAACAUGUUUGUCACCCAGUAAUUUAAAAGGCGACCAUGAUUUCCCAGAUCUGAUGAUAGCAUUUCCGUUCUACCCGAUGGCCUACAUGUUUUCUGGUGUAGGAGGCAAUUUACAGCUAUGUGUAACUGGUAAUUUAUGUGUACAUGUACCUGUACCCUUACCCAUACACAAAAACAGUGCAUGUUAAGGUCUCUAUUUUCCUUGUCCUUGAUUAUUCUGGAUAUCACCAAAGGCUCAUCCAAAACUAGCCAACUAGGCUUUCAGACAAUGUUUUGAAUAGCUUUAUACAAUUUACAUACUCACAUUGUUCAUUGUUUCCUAUAGCAUACUUUAAUGAGCCAUCUCCUUCAGCUUACCUGUAACUGCCUGUCAUUUGAUUUCAUUGGUACAUCUAUGGAUGAGUCUUCUGAUGAUCUUGGUACGGUCCAGAUCCCCACCAGCUGGAGAGGAGGUACAAAUAAUGACUUUGUACAAUGAUAUACAUGUGUUAUUGACCAAGGGUGAGAUUAAGAGGUCUUAAGAUGGCUGGAUAUUGGCCAAGUUGUUUUUUGUGCUUUAAUGGACUGAGAUGAAGUUGUGGUAAGAAAAAAAUGGAAAAAAGAAUGUGGCCAAUAUCCAACCGUCAUGACAGGACAAACUUGGUUAACAGAGGAUUAAUUUUAUUAUAAAUGGCCAAAAAGAGACCUUUUUCCUGCAGGACCAACACUGAAAAUCCCAAGGGGGCAAGAUGGGCCCAUCUUGUGCACUCGGGUAGCUAAUCAGAAUGCAAGAUUUGUUUCAUCUUGCUCACUUGCUGAUUCUGCCUUAUAUAAAGAAAUCAUGCCUUAUUUCAUGGCAUUUUUACUUCCAAGAAAUACACAUCACUGUCUUGAUUUAUUCAACUCUGUUUUACUGUUUACAGCCUUUCUGAAUUUUGCCACUCUUCAGCUGUUUUUCAAUUUGUACAGAGCUCUACCAGCUUCACUUUCACCCAUGGUAAGAUUGCUGUUUUGGCGAUUGGAAAUUUCUAGUUUGAAGUAGUUGCCAGCAGCCUACAUCAUUGUUUGUAAAUCAUUUCUGCUAUUCAUCUGUUCAGUAAAUUUACCACCUUAGAGCCCUCAUUGAUAUCAGCAUUUUAUGCUGAAGAGGUCACCCUAGCUAAAUAACAUUUAUUAUUUGUUAUUUAUUUAUUUAUUUAACAAUACCAGAAGCUACAGUAUUAAAGAAUGAAUCACCCCAGUCAUCUUCUUGUGGCCAAUGGUUAGAACACAUAGAACUAUCCCACUAUUUUUGGAAAUGUGGCACAUUUCACAAUGUACAAGUCAAUAUACUACACUCAAGUAUUUUUGCUUUCACUUUGUAGGCUCUUUCUUGUUUGGUACAACUUGCUUCUAUUAGGAGAUCAUUGUUUAACAACACUGAACGAGCCAAGUUCCUGGAACAGCUUGUUCAAGGUGUCAAAGGAAUUCUAGAAUCUCCACAGGUGACUAUAAUGGGCACAAAUUUAAGUAAUGUGCACACUUAACUCUUAAUUAAUACUUUCCCAAAUACGUAACUGCCACUAAAAAUAGAGCUUGCCUUAAUGCACAAGUCCUUGAAAUUCACUACCUUAAUCGUCUGUGCCAGACACCCGUUUUCUGUAAAAUUAGAUUAUUUCGCCGAGGAAAAUCUGGCUCAUCCUCGGUGUAAGAACCUAUAAAACUCGACAUGGUUAACGUAAAAACAUUUUUGUGCUUUCAAGAACAAUAUUUUAUUUCUGUGUCUUUAUUUCAAAUGUGAUUUCUUUACCUCAGAUGCAAUUGCAAGUGAUACCCAGUCAUUUUGCAAAGUGUUGUUGCCGAAAGUAGUUUUGCAAUUACAAUGUGAUCAACCAUCAUGGCUGAAGAAGUUAAAAUCGUAAAAGACCUCGUGAAGUGUUUUAGCCAGUGAGGUGUUCAAAAGAGGGUUAAAGAACGUCAAUUUAUGGUAUAAAUCUUAGUCCUUCAAAACUGUAAUUGGUUCUUGAAAAAUCCUCGAAAAGUCCUUAACAUUUGUUUGUCUGAAGUUGUACGAACCAUGUACACAACUGUGAAAUUUGUGUGUACAUGUACUAUGUGAAAGAUGAAAUAUUAGCUUGUUUUCUUUUCUUUCUUCUCAGUCUCUUGCUGACCCUAAUAAUUAUCACGAGUUUUGUCGACUUCUAGCAAGACUGAAGUCUAAUUAUCAACUGGGAGAGAUAGUCAAGGUGGAGGGGUACAGUGAAUUUAUCGCACUUAUAGCAAAAUUCACUGUUACAAGUCUUCAGGUGAGAGCACUACAUGUAGCUACAAUAGGUCACCAAGUGAAAUUUUAGAUCAGGGGGGGUAAGGGAUCAAGUGCAAAUUUCUGCAACCGUUCCUUUUAUUCUAUCUAAAGAAUUGUCCUGCAUGGUUUCAUAGAUAAGUCGGCCAGUGGUUAUCCUGUGUAGCAAGUAUGUUCCAACUUCUGCCACAUAGUCGCACAGAAACACUUUUUAUGCCCUCUAGCUGUAGAUGGAUAAAUGAGUGUGGGAACACAGAAGGAGGAUGAGAAAAUCCUUCAAAACACAGUGAACAGUGAGUUGCAAAAGACUCCUUCUAAAUUGCUUAAAAAACGGCUGGUCCCCUUUUAAGCCUCGAUAUAUCCACACACUAAUUCUCCAAACUAAUCUCCAUACAUUUCCUUACAGAAUUAGUUAAGAGAAUUUGUCAAUGAUAAAAGAUCAAAGUAUUAAUUUCCCCUUUGGCGAUUAAUUUCUCAAUUCUCAUAACCUUUUUACUUGGUUAUGUUUUUUUUUGGUUGGAGAAUUGAUGUUAGUCACUCUUGGGUCUUCAAAGGGUUAUUUUCUGUUAACUUCUCACCAUCAGAAUGCCACUACCGCAAAAGUCAUAUUUUCAAAUCAAAAUUGUUUCUAACGAACGGGUGACCAAGUCGUUUGAACGGGUUGAUGUUUCCAACGAAAGGGUGACGAAGCCGUUCGAACGGGCUGAUGUUUCCAGCGAACGGGCGACCAAGACGUUCGAACGCCUGACUAACGGCUUGUAAACGGAAAGCCGUUGGUGUACAUUUUCGCGUGCAAGGUCACAAAUAUAAAGAACGGUAGUGAGGUUUCUCGAACUUCAAAAAGAAUCACUGAUGUUGAUGUUUCUUUUGCUAAAUGCUUAAAAGAUAGCAAUUCCCAGAUUUUUAUAAAUUAGAAGAAACAUGUUGUGCCCUCUUCUUCUUUGUGACUUAUCUGAUUGACGAGUGAGUUAUUUUUCAGAUGUGGCAGUUUGCUCCAAAUAGUUUACAUUACCUGCUUAGUCUAUGGCAAAGGAUGGUUGCUUCAAUGCCGUACGUAAAGAACACAGAACCGCACCUACUGGAAACUUAUGCCCCUGAGGUAAUCCUGAUAAUCUAACCAGGGUGAGACCAAAAUGAGAAAAUUAGCUUGCUUGAAGGGCAGGAUUUUGCUUGAAGAGCUUACUGACUAAGAUCUCCAAAGAGCUAGCCCAAGACUUGAGUUGUAAAUGUAGAGUGCGUCCGAUUGGAAAAUCUGGAUUUAGAUGUUAAAAUCGGGAUAUCUUAUUUGCAGUAAAACGCGAAAUCCGAAUGACGCUCUGUCUGAAAUCUGCUCUGAAAUUUGUCCUUGGAUUUGCUUUCUUUUCGCUUUUUUUGGGAAAGCCGAAAAAGGAUUUUAAAAACUGUUCUCUGCAGGAACAGCGGUCUCGCACGCGCGCACAUGCAAAUCCUUUUUUUGGAAUUUUCCGAUAAAGCGGUAAAGAAGGAAAUCCUUUAAAUCCGGAUUUGGAUCGGAUGUCUCAGUUGAAAUCCACCUCAAGGGCGCAUUUCUGGAAGUUGAAAUCCGUUUUUAGAUUUCGCGUUUUAUUGUAAAAUGCGAAAUCCUGAUUUAGAAAUUUAAAUCUAGAUUGCCUUUCCAAAUGUUAACAAUUCUCCUAAUCCGUCAGGCAAUUUGCGAUAUAACACUCCUACCCCGACUGCUUGUUCUGCUUUUGUGUCAGGUGCAAAAUUGUCGGCAUAAAAUUAAGCAGUCGAUAAUGUGCGUUUUUAUGUGCCUCGUCCUGUUUGGGAUUUAACUUUUGUUCACGUACUACGUGGACGAUUAUGGGCAAUGAACAAGAUAACUGUAGUUCAAUAAUGCUUCAAAUGCUUCAACAUAUAAAACAAGUUACUAAGAACUGUAGAAAUUGAUAUUCUUGAUCUGCAACGCGUUAGCGAAAUGAGUUAAGGCGUUAAGCGAUCGGGACUUCAGCCAAACGACGAAACGACCGUAAAUUUCGUAAAUCGCAUAUUAAAUCGGAGAGUCUUUGGAGAGAAAGAAAUUCUAUUUGUUCUUCAAGACUGAAAAGAGACGUUCAGUAAUUUGGGGCUGGUAAAUAUUGACCAAAUCUUUCAAGGGUGGCAAGUUGUUUGCUGGUUGUAUAGAAACAACCUUUGAGUGAAUCGAACUGUCUUAAGGUAUGUAUCGAACCGACUGCCAUUUGUACCGAGACGACUUGUAUUGGAACGACUUUGUAUGGGAACGACCGGUUACCGCUAAUUCAAGGAAUCUGCUUUUGCUUUUGUUUGUUUGCUUGCUUUUGCAGUACUGAGAUGUUCUCGCUUUAUGAGCCAAGCGAGGCGAACACGGCCUAUGAAACGCCUGUUAUGCAGGCUACUGCAAUAUCGCUACACGUUUUUUAUGUUUUUUCUCUCCUAUCUUACUGUAGGUUACCAAAGCGUAUGUGACGUCACGGCUAGCAUCGGUUGAAGUAGUCGUAAGGUUAGUGAAAGUGGAAAAUGGGAAAUGGAAUGGAGAAAUGGGUUUCAGGGAUAUUUUGUGACUUGAAAUGACAGGCACAUCUGAUCUGACUGGGGUAUAAUUUCCCUGUGUUGUUAGGGAAAGUGCGGAAGAUCCACUUGAUGAUACUGGAACAGUUCAACAACAGCUUGACCAGGUAAACUGACAGAGCAGGCACACUAAAUAGUAGAUUACAAUUAAAAUUUGUCUUUGUGUUCUUAGCGCUAAAAUGUUUGAAAAUCCAGACGUUUCGGGACUACUGUCCCUUCAUCAGUGGAAGAUGCCGUUACACUGAACGCGCGUCGUUUUAUUCAAUAUACUAUAUUAAUAGUAUAAAUAGUAUUAACAGUAUAAAUAGUAUAUUAAUAGUAAAUGUAAGCAGCGAUUGAAAUUUUUAUUUACGCGGAAUGGAGCGGGUGAUUUUAAAUGAGAUAGCAUGUUAAAGGCUCACUAGCACCACUCUCGCAUUGAUCCAAUAACAUUUUGUUUUCCAUUUUGUUCCUUCCCAGCUGUCGACAUUUGGACGAUGUGAAUAUGAAAAGACUUGCCAACUGUUAAUCUCAUUGUUUGACCAAGCAGCUCAGAGCUAUCAAGAACUGGCUCGAAAUGCAUCAGCUUCUGCAACAGAUGUUGCAAUCCAGGAAGGUACCCUUAGAGACGGUGGCAUUUGACAGUUUCAAGAACUAUGAUAAACCUGUAGCCGUCUAAUUGUCCAAUUGGGGACACUUUCCAGACCGAAUUGGAAUUAGAAAUGUUGAAACAGAAAUCCGGAGAAAAAGUUAUUGGAUCAGACAAAACAAAACCAGCAACAAACACAACCCAGAUAUGGCCUUGAUGCGCGUUUCAAAAGUUUUGGGGUUCUUAUAUAGAGGGGGCUCAACUGGCAAAUUUUAGCCGAACAGGUUCUUACUCGCGGGUUUUUUUGUCUGUAUUGGUAUAGGUCGUUUAACAUGGCUCGUGUACAUCAUUGGUGCAGUCAUUGGGGGUCGAGUGUCUUAUUCUACAAUUGAUGAGUAUGACGCAUUGGAUGGCGAACUCGUUUGUAGGUGGGUGUGGUCCUGUUCUAUUUAAGUGUUAGAGACUUCCUACUCGUUAUUUACCGGCCAAUUAACUUGCUAUCAGUAUUGUAGAAUGGAACUCGGAAUUCUUCAUAUUGCCCUUGGCUAGGCUUUGUGCAAUACCUUAAACUACCGCUUAUAAGCCCCGGGUUUAUACUUCUGCAUAACGAAUUUUUGAAGGGCUUACAAACGGGGGACUUAUAUCCGGAGGGGGGCAUAUAACCGGAAUAGAAAAGGUGCCUUGAAACAAACUUCCAUAGUGCUGAUCAAAAUUCAUUUUGUUAUUACUGGUGUAUAAUCAAGCUUCAAAAUGUCAUAAUAAAUCGAAUUCAUUUCAAUCGUGCGCUGUUCAUUUCUUAAAUUUUAUAGCCGUUUCUGGUGUUAUGGGUGCAUCAAGAUAGAUCUGGACCACCCAGUUGUGCCACUGCUUUAAUACUAAACGGCUUAGGCCACGAACGCUCUUCCACCUAACCUGUAGUUUUCACUUAAGCAGUCGACCUUUGAUGUUGCUUUACCUCUACGUAAUAAUUAAUAUUAAUCUUUAUCGUAACGCGAAAAUAUGUCAGGCGUGAAAACUCCCUUGUAUACAAAACUUACAUAGCUGAGACGGAGACUGGGCCGAUUAAGCUCUCGCAAAGACUUCUGGGAUCGUUACUGGGGACGUGCCAGUCAGCUAUUGGCCAGUUUGUUUUCCAUGUCCCAUUAACAGUCGCAGAAGUCUUUGCGAAAGUCAACUCGGUACAAUCUCCUACUCCUUUCUAAAGUGGCCAAUACAGGUUCAAAUUUCUAGCUAAUGAGUUUAUUUCUUCUUCCGUACAGGGUAUUGCAGCUGAUGAAUUUAACAGACUCUCAGCUUUCCCAGCGAGGAAGUGAAAAAUUAGAGCUUGCCAUUUUAAGUUUCUUUGAACAGUUCCGAAAGAUGUACGUUGGAGACCAAGCGCAGAAAACGUCAAAGGUGAGAAAAACAUAAACUUAUCUCCACACAGUUGGAAUUGGUCACGGGUAGACAGAUUAUUUGCAUUGCUUGAUUGAUAGCAGCGACUUGUUUCUGUGCGAAUGAAUAAUGCAUUGUUCUCGAAAGUUAAGACAUCUGAAAUAAUUCUUCGGUAGCUAGUCUUGCUUAAUUCUUCUUAUGACAUAUUCCUCCACAGUCACAUAAUAUUGUGAGUCUCACCAAGCAACCUGCCACCUUAUUUAAUCCGCAAAAUUGAACUCUGAUACUUAAACAUGAUUCUUUACGUAGUCUCCGAGAGGUGGUUAAAAUAACAUUAUUAUGUGCCGGAAAAAAACAGAGCUGAAGGAACUUGAUUUCUCGAUAGCUUUGAUUAGAUUCGUAUUUCUUUAUAAAUAGGUUUACAGACGACUUUCUGAGCGGCUCGGACUACAUGACGAAUCUAAUGUUUUGAGUGUCUUCAUGGGAAAAAUGUAGGUACAAACUGAGUGACCUAACACUUACUCCGAUUGUUGUUUUUGUUGUUGUUUUGUUUUCUUUUUCGAGGAACGUUGAAACCAGUUCUCUUAUUCAAACAUGUAAGUAUUUUAUGGUAGUGUGCCUUAGGGACAGUUUUGAACGGUUGCAUGAUCCUUGAUGAAUUUCAUUUGUUUGUGCCAAACGUAAAUUAAUUUUUGCAAGGGCAUCUUCUGAAAACGUUUGGAUUUGGAUUUAACUGACAUGUGAUUUUUAGCAGUCUUUUACUGUCUGUCUGUCUUACUCAGAGGUAUCCCUUACUAUGUAAAUUAAGACGCAAAGUACAGCGGAACCCUGAUAGUUGACGGUUCGUCGCUUUUCUCGCCGUUCUUCUGUUUCCCAUAAUAGUGAGUUUACGCAAUAGGACCCCAAGAAGAAGAUAACGGCAAAACGUUUGUGUGUGACAAACGUGACAGGGCUAUUACUUGCGUGUUUUGGCGUGAUCUUCACUUAACAUUAAUGUUUUCUGAUAUUUUACGGAAAGAUUUGUUUAAAGGAAGGUGAAGUUUUGGUGGAAAGUUUUUUCGAACAAAAUUAUUGUCACGUUUGCCACACAAGGUCUGCCCUCUUCUUUCUAUCCCGUCCUGUUGCGUAAGUUCACUUAUACCACACCAUUUGCUGGUCCUAUCACUGAUUUUUGUCAACUCGUGCGAACACUCGAAACUGUUUUAGAAGAGGCUGUAUUUCUAGGGUGUUUACCAUCACUGGUGUCUUAUAACCAGAAUUCUGUGACUUUAAUGUAAUAAUGAUUGAGAUCUCUCCUUUUUUUGACAGAAUCACAAACAUGAAGUUCUGGGGAAGUAGCGAAGCCAUUAUCGCUAAAACCUUACAGCUUUUGAGUGAUCUGUCUGUUGGAUAUCCUUUUCUUUUAUUUUGGUUUCUUAUCGUUUAAUAAAGAUCACUUGUAGAAUACUGCUUUUCGGUGGGGAUGCCAGCGCAUUGGAGGAUUGCACGGCAAUUUAUUGGUGUUUUGCGGAGUUUUCAGUUUUCCCACGCCAAGGUCUGAAAUCUAUGAUUGAUUAUCACUCCCUGUAAGGCUUUAACCUGUAUGUAGGCCGGAUGUUUAAUGUCUUACCCUUUGACUUAAAUAAGACACUACUGUAGCGUAAAUUUUGGCUUCAUCGUGGUUUAGAGCCUCCUUUUAUACAGGUCAGCGGAAAUAUGUAAGCAUGCGUACUUGCAACAUGCAUAUCUGUCAGCAUUUCGACGUUCAACUGCUUUUCAUGAGUGGAGAGCAAUUCGAAUUUACGAACCCGUCGUCUCUCGGUGGCAUUCAGAAUAAUGGGGGAAACACUUUCGAGUCCUGUUGUACUUACGGUUUGACUUCCUUCUGAUGAUAAAAAACAUUGAUUUUAUAGGGGAAGCACAAUUACUGAUAACCCAGUUUUUACUGUGGCCCACAAAUAAGUACAGAAACAAAUAACUGGAACUUACAUAACACGAACCAGUUGGCUGUUUUAGAAGCUUGCUCGAGAAAUUGAACUCGGGUCCUUCGGAUUGCAAUUCCAGUGCUCUAACCGCUCGGCCUCGCUGCCUCCUGCAUAAAUCAUGACGUAACUCAAGAAAGAUUAAAGGGUCAAAUACAUUUAAUGUUUUAAAUUCAUCCGAACUGUUUCUUAACUCUGCGUAACUACAGCAGUGCUCGUAAACUGGUCAAGCUGGAGGCAGUACAGUUUGUACUCAAUAAUCACACGGUAUGUAAAUCCAGGAUGCUGAGAGUUCAUCCGUCCACCAUUGAAGUUGGAAUUUUUUAUAACAGUGAAAAACUGAAAAACAUGACAUUUAUUAAUCUGUCGGAAACGAUUUUGUUUUGUUGGUUUUUAGAGUGAACACUUUCCAUUUCUCGGAACGCACGCAUCACGGCCUUACAAAGACAUGCGCAAUAGGACCACAUUUUACAUUGCCCUUGGCAGAUUGCUAAUGGUAGACCUGGGUGAAGAUGAGGACAAAUUCGAGUCAUUCAUGGCACCAAUUACGAGUAAGUCUUUAUUUUCCCCCUGUAUAACGUGAUGAGUGCUUUGAUCUCAGUUUUAAUGGUCAGUAUCAAAUGGCCCUUUUACUUCGAUAUUUACAGUACCCUUAAAUUAUUUUGUUGGUUUUACUUGCAGGCGCCAUGGACUCUGUAGCAAGUCGAUUAGUGGCUGUUGGCAAUAAUGCUUUUCAACAAGAAGAAACCAAGGUAUUGUUAAUUGAUUUUACGUGAAUUUCAUGGUGGAAACUUUGAAGGUUCUAGAUGCGCACUGUGUUACCAAGUUUGUCUCGUGGUGGCCCAGCUGUCUAAAAAGUAGGGAGCUUAUGAUCCCACAAAGGCGACGCCACCGCUGAAAUAUUCGCCACUUCAGAAACGAGGAGACUGGGCCAAGUUAACUUUCGCAAAGACUUCUGGGACGGGUCCAAAGGACAGGGGGGAACAUUGGCCAAUAGCUGACUGGCACGUACCCGGUAACGAUCCCAGAUACAAUUGCGGGACGCAUUUCGGCUCCAGUUCUUUUCUGGUUACUAAAGUGGCCAAUAGACCACCCUUCAAACGUUGUCGCGAUUAUUCCACGUCGCCCAGUUACUUAAAAGAAGGGAAAUUAGGUUGGAGCUGAAGAGAGGGGACCGCGUGCGAGUUCAGACAGAGAUGCAGUAAAAUUUAUCAUCUUGCCGUUCCCGUUCUCAAGUAAACUUAAAAUUUGGUCAUUUCACGUCGUAGUUGGAAGGGACGGCAAGGAGAUGUACAGAAAAGCGUGAUGCUCGCGCAGAGUUUUUGUUUUGCUUAUUUAACCUUUUGCUUUCUUGAGUUUCCGUUGCCAUCACUGCCGUAAUUUCGUUAUUUCGUCGUAAUUUCCCUGGGGGAGAAUUCUUCCUAUUUGCCCAUUAAGAACUCAGGUAAACCAAGGAGGAUGGUGAAGAAGGCAACGUCACAUGGCGAAUGAGCAGCAAUUUGAUUGGCUGUUGUCACAUUACGUUACCAUGCAUAUGGCAGGAAAGAUGUUACGGUGCACAGGGUCACCAAUCUGCAGCGAAUCGUUGGGAGAAAAUGGCAAAGGAAACAUUGUGCUAUAACACCGACUUAACACAAGACUUAACUAGCAAUAAAAAUUGCCCUUAUUUCUUUUGUUCAUGUUGAAACAAGGUUUCACAGAAUGCCAAUUUUUGUGGUGUUUAUUUCGUUAUGUUGUUUGUGUUGUAGCGUACCCUGGUGGGUCUGUGUCGAGACAUCCGGGGUCUGGCUUUUGCUUUCAGCAAAUCUAGUUACAUGUUACUGUUCGACUGGAUGUAUCCUUUGUACAAUCAGCCAUAGAGAUCUACAAAUGACUGACACGCCCUGCUUUACCUGUUUGAAUUCUUGAAAGGUGUUAUAAGAUAUUACCCGUACUGUACUAAUACAAUCUAAAUUGUAUGAAAAAGCCAUUGAAAUGGUAGCCAAAGCUGCCAAACUGAGAAAACUAACAACUAAGUUAAUACAGUUAAGAGCGAUAACGAAAUUUGCGUGCCUGAUUUCGACAAAAGAAAGUAAUAUAAUCUUUAAAGCUAUUUAGCUGUUAUGGGUGGCACUGCCAGAAAAAAAGGCGCCUGGUGGUUUAUAUAGCUUGCUCUGUAGCUUGUGUAUAGGCUUUUCCUUAACUCGUUCAAGUUAUCCCACAUACACCUCGGUACUGCUUCGAGCAAUAGAGUGGUGGUAUCACGAUCCUAACGUGUCCACACCAGUGUUAAAACUUAUGGCUGAACUAGUUCAGAACCGAUCACAGCGGUUACACUUUGAUGUGUCGUCACCGAAUGGGAUUCUUCUGUUCAGAGUCACAAGCCAGAUGAUCGUCGCUUACGGUAUGGCGAACAGGAAAACUUGCUACUAACGAUGAGUAGAUAACAGGGACUACCGUAAACGGCCGUUUAUAAGCACUCCUCCCCACCCCCACCCCCCACUUAUUGGCCCAUCUACCUGUAAACAAAAAAAUACAUCUGAUUACAAGCCUCUCGGAUAUAAGCCCCCUCUCCCCCGCCACUUACAAGCCCCCCAGUUAUAGGCCCAUCUACUUGUAAGCAAAAAAUACAUCCGAUUACAAGCCCCCGGAUAUAAACGCCCCCACUUAUAACCCUUCCCCACCAGUUAUAGGCCCAUCUACCGGUAAACAAAAAACAUACAACCGGUUACAAGCCCCCCCCUGGAUAAAAGUCCCCCACUUAUAAGCCCCCCAGUUAAAGGCCGAUCUGCCUGUAAACAAAAAAAAAUACAUCCGGUUACAAGCCCCCCUGAUAUAAGCCCUCCUCCCUCUAGCUUGUACUGAAAUUAAAAACCAGUAAAAGCAAAAUGUAUUUUGAUCAGCACUGCUAUAACUUUUUUUGAAGCGCUUUUUCUACUCCAGUUUUAAGUCUCCUCGGAUGUAAGCUCUUCCGUUUAUAAGCCCUGGUAAAACCCCUUACGAAGAUUUAUAAGCCCAGGGCCUAUAAGCGACAGUUUACCGUAGUUAAUUGAAAUUCCAAUGAAAAAACUAAUAUUGACUCAGUAUUUGAUUAUUUUUAGGCUCACGGAUCUUAACGUUAACCGACACAUCUGAAGACCAGGUGUACAAACUCAAGUAUCCUUUAACUGUUUGAUAUGCGCACUAUAAGUGCUAUCGACAGAUAUAACAGUCGAAUAUCAGUCGAUACGUUUUAGAAACUCGGCCGACGCUCGGUAAGUACUACGUACUUAUUGACGAGGUUGGGCUGGACGGGAAAAUAUUUGGCGUCCUGACCGUAAUCCAUAUAUUUUCCCGUCCGGCCCGACCUAACUCAGUCAAUAAGCAUUUUAUCAUAUGACCGAUGUGUUUUUGAAUUUUUCGGACGGAGCGAACUUGCAUCGAUCAGUACGCUUUUCUAGCAGGGCCGUACGUGUUUUCAGGCCCUGUCACUUGACGCCCGUGGCCCUCAUUUAAUACGGAACUUUUUUUCAUAUGGUUUUCUAACGAAAUUGCGCGCAGGGCCGCACGGGUCAUUAGCCUGCGUAGCAAGCAUUUCUGUGCGGUUUAGGAGCAAAGAACGAAAACCGAAAGUGCCGUUCCUCGGUCUCUCUUUGUGUGCGAUCAAUGCGUGAUUGAAACCCAAAUAACGGCUCCAUUACUGACUGCGGUAUGAUUAGAAGAGCAGGAUUUAUCAACAAUUCAAAGCUUAAAUUGAACAGGACACUGACGAACCAAGAAUAUUCUAAAUGGGUAAAUGCUCUGAUUAAUGCAAGGAAAGCAAGCCCUCACAGGGAAAGAAAACACUUCUCAGGUUUUAUUUCGGAGUGUGAAUAGACAUGUGUCGAUCUUUUCCGUUGUAUUGCCUUAAUCUACUGCCAUCAGGCUCAAAGGCAUCUCCAUCUGUUUUUCCAUGUUGAAAGCCGCGUUGUGCGGUGGUUAUGUCAACUUUGGUGUUUUUAGUUUGUACGGCGAUGAUGCUUUAGAGAAGGCACUGAAAACGUUUGUGGAACUUUUGUCUUCAAUUCCUCACAGCAACUUGUUGGUACGUAGACUACUCAUAUCUGUUUUGGGGCUUUGGAUCGAUCAAAGAAGCAUCUGGUAUAGGGUAUACCACUUACAUGGGAAAACCAAAAAUUCCGGUUGGAAAAUCAAAUGGCUCACGCUAUUCAUUUGGGGAAGCGCACCGUAAAAUUAAGGGAGGUAUUAUGACUCCGAAAAAUAGAGUAAACAUUUUAGGUACAGAAUAACCCCUUUUUGGGGGUUACUUUAACUCCUAAUUUAACUUCGAAUUUGGGGUCAUUUUUACUCCUGAAAAAAGAGUUCUUUUUAGUUCCAGUCUGGAGUUAAAAGAACUCCGAAAUGGGGUUAUUUUUACUCCUUACAUGGGUUGUUUUUACUCUUUUUGGAGUUAAUUUAACUCUGAAAGUGGAGUAAACAUUUCAAGUACAGAACAACUCCUUUUUUGGGGUUUUUUAACUCCUCAAUAUCUGGGGUCACUUUUACUCCUGAAAAAGAGUUCUUUAAAAUCCUUUUUGGAGUUAAAAUAACUCCCCAAAAAAUAACUCUACUGUAAGGAGUUAAAUUAGCCCCACUGGAGGAGUUCUUAUAACUCCUUGAAAAUUAUUGUGCGUCAGAAAAUAUGGGCUGUAAUUUGAGGCGGUGCUAUUUUUCUUCUCUUUUUAUUCUGCUCAGUUGAUUUGGAUAUACUUUGUAGGGGGUCGUUCUACCACCACCUCAAAUGUAAUAGUUGAACGUUUAUGCACAAGAUUUCCACCCGGGUGGGUUAUGUAAAUGGUAAGCACCCCGAGUUAGUGAGACUGGAGAGAGACGCUUGAAGGUCUAUGCUGACGGUGCGCUUUACUUGUGCGCUCGCACGCACGGCAAGACCAAAAUCCCAACAUUAUAUAUCAAAGCUAUCCUGGAAAAAAUAUAGGCUUUAUUUUUAUUGCUGUAUUAGUGAAGUUUCGAAAACCUUAGCGCAAAUCUUCAUAGUGAAAUGUAUCGUAAGACAUACGUGAUUGGUCAAUUUUGUUGCGAGGUUAUCGUGCCGUGCUCAUGUAACGCUUUCGAGUGUAGUCGGACACAAACAGCAUAGCAGAACGCUAACAGCAGAGAUUUAUCAUAGUGGGAGAAUAUAUUGAACAAUCAUAUAAAGCGGAAAUCUCCACGCCCCCAGCAUGAAGCUCUGUUUUGCACUAAAGCUUCUGGUCACCCAGCUUCUGUCCAGUCCUCUCUCACACCCCUCACAGUUCAUUUUGUUGUUGGCUCUUCCCUUGUCUGUUUGACUUCUCAGAAAAUGUAUUUGUUCUUUUACAGGAAUAUCCUAAACUAAGUCAGGCUUAUUACGCGUUGUUGGAAAUCUUAGCGCAGGAUCACAUGAACUUUCUAAGUAGUCUUGAAGCUCAAGUAAGUAGGGUUUAUGUGCCAGGUUGCGCGUUAUAAUGGGAUUAUGUUGGGUGUUUAGUGUGGAGUAAGUCUGUCACGCAACCUCGAAAUUGCAAAUAGCGAUACUCCGUCACCCAGCGUGCAAAGAGAGGCGCGUCCAAUAGCCCGGGGCUAGUGGUUUUUGCUAUCAGACUCGUUAAUUCCUUUCGUACCUCGCUUCACAGGCAAGUGAAGUCUUUUGAGGAAUUCAAAUUGCAGGUUUCAAAUUACUUUAAUCAAUCCGGCUCAUCAAGACUUUUUUUCGGGCUGGUUAAAAUGACGCUUGGGCUAGUACAUGCUAGCUACAGCUAACAUAAAUGAAAAGCUUUCUUAACACCCUGUCUAUCUUCUCAUUGGCUGAGAUCCUACAGCUAAUUUUGGAAAUCAGCGCAACCUACAGAUUAGUUAGUUAUCUGCUAGCAGAUAACUAACUAAUCUGUAGGUUGCGCGUGCAAUGCAUGAUUUCCAAGAGCAAUGUCAGAUCGGUUCCGUGCGAUGGUGUAUUUGUCGUUAUUUAUUUCAAAACAAUGUAUAAUAAAAAAAAUUAUUAGAUUCGGUUUUUGUGAUAUCCGGAAUAAUCAAGGUCUCGGAAAGCAUUAUCAGCCUCGGCCUUCGGCUUGGCUGAUAACGCUUUCCGAGAUCGUUAUUAUUCCGGAUAUCAUAAAAGCCCCAUCCAAUAAUUGUUUAGUAUUCUGCUACCUAAAUCACGGGUUAAGUAAAAUCACUCUGUUUGCUUUGUCUUUUUCUUGUCAGGUAUUUAUGUAUAUAUUAUCUUCCAUAUUGGAGGGCCUCACAGCUUUAGGUAAGAACUCCAGGCAUUGAUCUUGUUUUAUGACGCUGCAGGUGCAAGGAAAUUCUUUUCUUACGAAUUUACUUUAAAUGCAACAAAAGUCCACAAAAGCCAUACCUGGCUUAAAAACAAGUCUAUUUAUUUGAAAGAGAGAGACAUAACUGAUGGUCUACAAAGCUGUUUUGAGUCUGCGAUUGUUGCAGAAGUAAAAAAUAAAUUAAUGGCAAUGUUUUCUUGAAAUAGAUUUACCAUUCUGCGUUGUCAUCCAAGUCUCGUAAAGGUCAGAGCCUUUUGCGCCGCUACAAAUGUAACAAGAGCUUGAACUCAACAACCUGGCUCUGUUAAUAAUAAUAAUAAUAAUAAUAAUAAUAAUAAUAAUGAUAAUAAUAAUAAUAAAAUAUUUAUAUAGCGCUUAUACUUUCAGUGCUAAGCGCUGUUGCUAAUAAAUUAAUUGCUGGUCAAAUAAGAAACAGGGGAGAUUAUGUUUAACUAUAUGUUUUUAAGGGGGUAAGAAAACACACUUUUGGGAGCAGCAGUUGCUGCUUUUAGCGGAAAUAUUUAGCCAGUUUCAAACCUUCCAUGCGUUGGGAGCUCUGGUACAUGCGUUCAAUUUUCUUCUGACUCGCUGAAAUGACUGCUAGAUUGGUCAAUUAGCCUUUUACGUGGACUUCAAGCAAUGUUCCUUCCCAACGAACGUCCUCUGUUGGGGAGAAGAGUGCUUCAACAACAAAAAUAGUGUUUGCGUAGAAGGCUUCAAUCUUGGAUAAAAAGUGUUGAGAAUUUUACACUUUCUUACACACAGAUCGCCUUUCCGGCGGAUUUGGUACCACUAUGGCCCCUCCCCUCUCUCCACCCUGAUCAAACUUGUUUAGUCGAGGUCAGAAAUGAUCCAGCCGGCCUUCAAAAUUGUAUUUUUGGGGAGUAGUUGAAGUUGCCAAUGCUUUCAAGAACUUUAUCUCAAAACUAGACAAGGCAACGUCCAUUUGUCUUAACAUUUUUUCCAAGAUUGUGGCAGCCGAGGACUCAUCGUUGAUGUGAGCUGAACGUUUCACUUGUUUGUUUUUUAGAUAUAAUGGUUUGUACGGGAUGCUGCGGCACAUUAGACUUUAUAGUGACACAUUUGUUCAAAACUCUGUCUAAGAGAAGAAAGAAAAACUCUGCGGGGAUGGAGAACCAGCCACCAUGUUUAAGAAUUUUAGAAUCUCAUCCAGAAAUGAUUCAACAGGUACGUUAAUUCAGUUCAAGCCGCGAGGACAGUAGAGAGAAGAGCGGAAGCCACAAGGCCCUCAAAGCCCAAAAGAAAUCUAAAACUCUCUAAACCAAGACUAAAACUGAACCAUAGCGUUACUACUUCUCUUUGGAAUGGAGGAAAGGUCGCAAUGGUAUUUCACACGUCAUGACAAGAUUCUGAAAUGUCCACUGUUAUAACAAAAAGACGUCACAUUCUUGGAAAAAGCCUAUUCUUUUUCUCAAUAGCCAGUAAAAACAAGAUUGGAAUUGUGCCUUUAGAAACAAGGAAACUGUGCCGAGUUGACUUUCGCAAGGACUUCCUGGACUGUUACUGGGGAGAUGGCAAGCAAACUGGCCAAUAGCUGAAUAGCGCGUCCCCGGGAACGAUCCCAGAAGUCUUUGCAAAAAGCUUACUCGGUCCAGUCCCCUUAUCGUUUUUAAACUGGCCAAUUUGAUUCUUGGCAGCAGCCAAUAGCGUGACCAUGUGACCUCAAAACAACCUAAAGUGGAUGCACUGGGAAAUUUGAAAGCGAGAAUUUCCGACAGCCUUCUUGUCCAAUUUCUGGCAUAUUCAAAUUUUUUUCAGUUCCACUUCAAAAAGUAUUGUAAUUUAAUAUGGAUUAAUAUCAAUUUAACGUGAAUUUGUUGUAGUUAAAGUAGUCAUUGCCUUUAACUUUUCGGCCAUUCGCCACUUUUGAAACGAGAAGGAACUGGGCCGCGUUAACAUUCGCAAAGAAUUCUGGGACUGUUACAAGGGACGGGAAAAAAUAGCGAAUAGCUUAUUGAUGCGUCCCCAGUAACGAUCUCAGAAAAACAAAUGCGGGACGCGUUUCGGCUGCAGGUUGUCUUUCUCAGGUGCAUGGUGAAUAUCAGUAAUUACCAGACUUAGUUCAGUGAUGUCCCUCUCCCCUGUCCCAAUUUUAGAUGCUGUCCACAGUUUUGAACAUCGUCAUGUUUGAAGAUUGUAAAAACCAGGUAGGAUACAAACUGAACAGAAUAUCACUUCGAAUCACUAAUAGUUUUGUACCGUGUAAAUAUACUACGUCAAAUCACGGGGUGUUUUCAGUAUUCUUUUACUAUCAUUACGAAUCUAGAAUCAAGUUCAAGUUUGACUUCAGGCUCCAGUUUGAGUUAGUUUCAUUCGAGUUGAGGUUAUCUUUGAGUUUGAGCCGGUUUGAGUCGGAGUUCGAGUUUAAGUUCGGUCUAGAGGUUGGAGUUUGAGUUCGCUUUGGAGUUUGAGUUCGUGUUUGAUGUAAAAUUUGAGUAUGAGGUCGGGUUUGAAUUUCAGUUCAAGUGCGAGUUUGGGUUUAACUUUGGUUUAUUUCAAGUUUGAGGUUGAGUUUAAGAUUGAGCUUUAUUCAAGUUUGACUUCUGUUGAAUUUUUCCCAUUUCAGUGGUCAAUGUCCAGACCCCUGCUCGGCCUCAUUCUUCUCAAUGAAAAGGUGAGAAAUUUAGCGUGUAAAGGAAACCCGCACCGUCAAAUCAACGAUUACUUGUCAGAAGUGAAUUCCUUCUCUGUUAACUUGAGUGAAACAAAAGUGUAUAUAGGCCAUCCAAGACCUAUUUUCGUUGUUAAGUUUCCCCCGUGCCACCAAUUUGAGGGAGGAAUCUUAAACAUUUCAAUAGUUAUGACGUCACUUAUUUGCCGCAUUGUGAAGAAUCAACAGCAGCAACAGUUGAAAUUGCUGUUAAUUUCCCUCGCACCAACGUUUUAAAUUUUGAGACAUCAACUGAGUUGACGUCGCAAAAUUAUUAAAUGGUGGCGCAUGAGAAAUUAUGAAGAGAAAUAGGCGAGAUUCGUAUCAAUUUUCUUCACUCUAACCAGUUUUUCAACUGUUAAGAAACAAACUGAAAUUCGAACAACUUAGUUACCUCGUGCGAGCACAAUUACUUUUGUUAUUUUAGUAUUUUCAAGAGCUACAGCGAAAUGUAAUCGCAAUGCAGCCAGUUGAAAAACAAGAAGACAUGGCUCUGUGCUUUAGGAAUCUCAUGGAGGGAGUUGAACCAUCACUUAUCACCAAAAACAGAGACAGGUAUUUUAUCUUUUAUUUCCAUCUUUGAGUGUGUUAUCAACAAAAACCUUAAUUUCCACCUCGAAAGAAAUUAAAAGAGGUUAUAAGCUGCUUUUAGAUUGAGGAUCAAGUUCCUAAGUGCAGCUUGCCUGUUUGGCAUCGACUUCUCGUUAAGAGCCGUGCCCCCAAAAAACUAGCCGUUAACAUUCGAGAUUUUAUGUGCGACAACCAGCGACGGUAACAUGACAUUUGAGGCACCUAAAUUAAAGACAAACAGUUCUUUGAAAAGGUUCAAAGAAAAGAGGAAAAGCUUUUUAAGUUUUGAUACAAGCUGGCUAUAUUUAAAAAAAUAUAAUCUAAAUCCCAGUGGCAUCAUUUUCCCGCAGUAUUAAUUGUUCGCUACGCUCAACAGGUUUCUAACUUCGCAAUACGUCCAUCAGGUCCGUGGGACCAUUAAAAUAAUUUCCUUCGGGAAUUCGAUGUUGGUUUCUCCGUUUCUUGCACUAUGAAAACCGUUGUUGUUUGAGUUGUUUUCCCCAUUUAGUCCUGGAAAUUUUCUACCUAAAACAGGUUUACACAGAACUUGUCCAUAUUCAGACGAGAAGUAAACAACUCUCUCAAGGCCCCAGCUAAUGGUGGAGGAGUGAUUAAAACGGAAGGAGGGAUUGAUAUGGUAGCGUGACACUGCGAGAUGUUUACCGGUCGGUCAGGAGAUACCACUAUUGUUGCCUCAUGCAUGGUGACUGUGUGGUCACUAAAUACGACGAUUAACGCCCCAAGAAUGUCAACAGUAAAAAGAACAGCGUGUCUUGUUUCUCCCCGGUGGAAACCGUGCUGCAGAGAAGUGAGGGAAGAUGAAUUGUUUCAUUGACGUUGGUUAAUGCAAUAAUGGCUUGUUUACAAUGGCCUUCGUCCAUUCGUCCAUUUAGAAACGAGAAGGGGACUGAAGCCGAAAUGCGUCCCGCAAUUGUAUCUGGGAUCGUUACUGGGGACACGCCGGUCAGCUAUUGGCCAGUUUUUCCCUGUCCUUGAUAACAAUCCCAGAGGUCUUUGCGAAAGUUAACUCGGCCCAGUCUCCUUGCCGUUUCUUACGUGGCGAAUUGAUUGAAUACCAGUGAAGCUGUGUGUCACCGUCCAAAGCUGCAGCCCAACCCGAAGUGAGAAGAGCUUGUCUCUGAAGAGAGUAAACCCACAAGGGUUCCUGUGUGGAAUUAAGCUACCGAGAAUAAUGAAAACAUAGGUUAGAAUAGAAACAGCACAUACACGCUGGCAUCGAUUAAUCGAUAAUUAAAGUGAAAGUUCUCAUUAGUCUACGAAGUAGAUUCUAAAGAACUUCUUUAUAACCUCCCCACCCCCUCCCCGUAGUGGGCGGAAGGACUGACCAUUUCGACAAAUUUAACGCUUUUAUAGAAAUAAUUGUGAUAAUUCAAUGCUCACAGUUCCUUUUAGGUCAAUAACAAAUAAUGAAUGAACAAACAAAUAAAUUUGCCCUGUAGUAUUUCUUACCUACUUACAUAAUUAUUGUAACGUAUAUAACUACGAUCGUUCUUCGUCACAAUCAUACUGAAGAAAGGAAACCGAGUGUAGUCUACAACGUUACUUUGCUGGUAGGAGUAUCAAUCGACUAAGUCCGCAUUCGUGGUUUGUGUGCUUUUGUGUUACUAAGUAGCAUAGCUCAGCGGUGAAACGGAAACUUUUUUUAACAUUUUCAGUGGUUUUUAAAUGUUAGAAGUGGCACGGAAACUCUAUCCUCAAAAUGAAUUUAAUCUGCGUGAUAAGAAACUUAACCUUAUAUCAAAGACUUGGUACUUUACUCCCUUGAAUACGAGGCAUAAUGCAACUCAAGAGUGGUCUAUUGCAUCGUUUCAAAUUUUGGAUGCGUUUGAGAAUUUUCGUAACUUUCGGCCCUCCUUGAGUACCUUGAAAGUUAGAGUGAUUUUACUAAACCCGUGAAAUAGACAGUAGAAUACUACGCACUAUUAUGCAAUAAUUCUAUUGUCUUCUUUUGUUUAUUUAUAGCUAUUUUGCACCAGUUGUCAACUGUUUCACGGUCAAGUAAAAUCGGUCUCAGAAUUAACAUAAUAACCACUAGAUAUGUAUAACUGUAGAAACUACAGAAGGACAGGUUUUACUGAGUAAGAAACUCGCUGUAGAGACAUGGUGGAAACAAAAAUAACGUACUGUGAGCAGUAAAUUGAGCCGCUUAUUCAGCCAAAUCUUUGUCGACGAAUUUUGACGUUUCAUGGAGGGCCACUUAUUUUCGUCCCCAGGCAAGGAAAGAUAGCUCUCCUUCAUCCCUUUCCAUGAAUCCCCGC